UAUAAUAGAGCUGGCAACUGGCGCCUUUUAGACAGAACUGAAGACUUUAACAGGACUCUGAACUACAAGAACUCAGGAAAAGACAUUUCGACAUUUUUCCUCCACCCAGCUUCUCGAUCAUACUUUACUUUUUCCACAGCGGGGUUCUCAUCCUGAAGAUUCUCUACUUUGGAACUUAUUCGUGAUUUUAAAAAGUCGGUCUUCACACGUUUUUCUCCGGCGUCCACUUUUUGAAAAACUUCUCUACGAUGUAUCCAGAGGCAAACAAAAGGUGAGUACACUUUUUAACACCCUGAACUUUCUAUUUUCACUUUCCCCACGCUGAGGGACACAUGGCCCAUUCAUGGGCAAGUGAGAGCGAGGGGGAAUGAAAAUACCAGGAAUGUGUGGCGGGGGGCCAAAAAAAAAAGAAGUAUGCACAUGUGCUUUGAACCGCAGAGGUUAAGCAAUGAAACCCUUUUGGUUUACUGAGGGAGGUGACAUUGAAAAGGACUUUUUCAUGCUGAUGACGCCUUUACUGAUGUAGAAAUUCUUGAUUUGGACAGCCCUUGGGCAGAGAGUGGCGACUUACGUAACAUGCUGGUUUCCAUUAACCCCUCAGGACUUGAGUAUGUUUAAGACCUGAACACUACACCCAUUGAUCUACGUUUAUCUGGGGUUGAAAGCAGCGGUUUAUUGUAGGAAUUACUCUAAUUGGAGGGUGGUGAGUUGGUGUUCAGCAAACACUUAUAAGACGUGUGUGUCACCACGCAAGAGGGGCGCAAUACUGCUUUGACUCUACAGGAAUGUGUGUUAGCGUGACGCCAAAAGUCGUGUCUGUAUGAGUAGCAGCAGCAGCAGAUUAGGCUCUUGUUCUGUAAUGUGAUUAAGACACCACAUUAGUUGAAGUACUUAACAGAAAGGGCUCAAGAAAAAGAGGAAUUUUUGGUAGUUUGAUGAAUGUGCAAGAAAGUAUUAAAACGGAACUUCUUAUGCAUAGAGGUCAGGGCUUUUUUUUCUCUUGAUCCAACACCAUCAAAGGAAGCUUAUUUAUUAUUUGUAGAGGAAGUAACUCAGCUCCAACCUCUGCAUUGAUUCCCAGGAUGUCCUAACCUCUGACCCUACUUUUUGUGCCAUACAGCUACACCUAUGAGGACUGCAAAGCCACUGCCGAUUGGCUUCUCGCCCAGACGGACGUUCGACCCACAGUUGGUGUUGUGUGUGGAUCGGGGCUCGGAGGGUUGGCUGACAUGUUGAAGGACCAGGUGGCCUUCAACUACAAGGACAUCCCAGACUUCCCUCAAAGCACCGGUGAGUUCAAUCCCAACCAAGACGAAGUCAUCGAACAUUAAAGUUCUCGUUCAAAUUCACUGACCGGUCUUUUUUGUUGCAGUGCAUGGACAUGCUGGUCGGCUGGUGUUCGGCACUAUGAAGGGGCGGCCAUGUGUUUGCAUGCAAGGACGCUUCCACUUAUACGAGGGCUACCCCAUCCAGAAAGUGAGUAUGACGCAACAAGUCGUACGGGUGAUUGAAAUCUUGCAACUGUUCACCUGAAGUCAGCUGCCUGUAAAUCAUGCCAGUGAAAGACCCUGAAACCAAAGUUACAUAACCUACGUGUUUCUGUUCAGAUCACUCUCCCCAUUCGCAUCUUCAAGCUGCUGGGUGUAGAGACGGUCAUAUUAACCAACGCCGCAGGGGGCCUCAAUCAGGACUUUAAAGUUGGAGAUGUUAUGAUCAUCAAAGACCACCUCAACAUGCCUGGAUUUGCAGGGAACAACCCACUGUCCGGACCGAAUGAUGAGAGGUAGGCUUUGGAAAUCAUCGCACUUCUCUUUCUUGCAUAACUCAAACCUGCGAAACCAGUUUGCAGAAAUUCAGCGAUAUGACCCCCUGGCUAUAACAUCCCCCUUUCUUCCCCUCUUCCUCUCCCUCUCUCAGGUUCGGUGUGCGUUUCCCGUGCAUGUCUGACGCCUACGACAGGGAGCUGCAGCAGCUAGCGUGGGACGUGGGACAUGAGCUCGGUUACGGAGAGUUCCUGAAGGAAGGGGUGUACUGCGUGGUGGGUGGACCCUCAUUUGAGACCAUCGCUGAGACCCGAAUGCUGCACAAACUGGGCGCUGAUGCUGUCGGUGAGUUUGUCUUUACAAAACAGUUGCUAUUAGCAACCAAAAAGUGAUAUAUUACCGUUAUAUAGUUCAGGGACAGGAGUGAAAUAAAUAAGCGACAUUAAGCUAAAAGACUACCGCUAGCUGUUCUGUCUGUUUAUCGCUUUUAAGUCAAUCAAUCAACAAAGACGUGAAAAUGAGAAUCUCAUGGUUUCUCAUUUUUAACUAGUCGGUUUUUUUCCCCCUUUUCUCAUUUUCUCAUGUGGUUCUUUGUCCACUAACAUGUAAACAGUUGUCUUGGGUCAUUUUUGAUCUUUUAUCUCAAUCUUCUCAUUUCCGAUCAGGCAUGAGCACGGCCCACGAGGUGAUCGUCGCCCGUCACUGCGGCAUGCGCGUCUUCGCCCUCUCACUGAUCACCAAUCAGGCGGUGAUGGACUAUGACAGCCAAGAGAAAGCCAACCACGAGGAGGUCCUGGAGACAGGCAAGCAGAGAGGGAAACAGCUGGAGCGACUCGUUUCCACCAUGGUGACCAGGAUUGAGCACAACAACAACUUGGUUUAAGAGAUUUUACUUCUUCUUCGUCUUGGAGAUUUGAGCUGAUUAGUAUUAAUGCUGGAACUCAAAGUUAGUUCGUUUUUAACGCUAAUGUGCCAAAGUUUAGUAUUAAGGUGAACGUUGGACUGUUUGUUUCACUGUCACCUUGCCUCAUGUGAUGUCUUUACAUUCCUGUCCUGAGCGGCUCCAGAAUAGCAUCAGUUUUUUGUAUCAUUUUCAAAAUAUUUGUUUAACUUAAAACAUUUGAUCCACUGUGUAAAUGUCUGCGAUUUAACUUAACAAUGAGCAAAAAUCUGCUGUAAAGAUCUUAAUACUGUGAUGUUGAAACGUGUACAUUAAGGUAUUGUGCUGUGCUUGUUUUUUUAAUAUGAAUGUUGUUACUAAAAAUACUAUUUAUUAUUACACAAGCGUGAUUUUGUCGUUUUUUAAAGUGCAGAGGGUUAAAUAAAUGUAUAUCUUGAAAUCGA